AUGGUCCUGAAGGCUGGAGAGGAAGGAGGAAAGAAAGGGCUUGUACAGAGCGAGCUUGCUCAGGGUGAGCUUGCUCAGGGCGAACGUGCUCUGGGAGAACUUGCCCCAAGCAAGCCUGCUCAAGAAGAGCUUGCUCAGUCUGGUCUUACUCAGGAAGCCACAGGAGUGGUCGAGGAGGGAGAAAAGAAACAAGAAGAAAUUGAAGGAGCACAUGCGGAUGAUGGUAGUUCUGGCCCCAUGGACAAGGGGAUCCCUGCAGAAGGUGGUCAUGGUAGUGGUGUUCAACAGCAGCCUCAGCAAGAGGCGGCAAUGCCUGAGGGCACCAAGAGUCUCCAGGCUGGGGACAGGCUGCCUUUCCAGAGACGCACCAGAUUCACCAGGUCUCAGCUGCAGGACCUGGAGCGUCUUUUUGAAGAGACUCGCUACCCCAGCUUCCAAGUAAGGAAGGAUCUUGCAAGAUGGAUGGGUGUGCCGGAAGCAGAUAUACUGGAUUGGUUUAGGACCAGGAGAGCCAGUUUCAAGAAGCACUAG